GCUGUGGCUCGUCGGGGCGGCCGGUGGAGGCGGCUCCCGGGCCCAGCAUGCGCGGGGGCCCCCGCGGCCACCAUGUACGUGGGCUAUGUGCUGGACAAGGAUUCCCCCGUGUACCCCGGUCCCGCCAGGCCUGCAAGUCUCGGCCUGGGGGCGCAAGCCUACGGUCCCCCGCCCCCUGCGCCCCCACAGUACCCCGACUUCACCGGCUACUCGCACGUGGAACCGGCCCCCGCGCCCCCGGCGGCCUGGAGCGCACCCUUCCCGGCUCCCAAGGACGAUUGGGCAGUCGCCUAUGGCCCGGGCCCCGCGGCCCCGGCCGCCAGCCCAGCGCCACUGGCGUUUGGGCCACCUCCGGACUUCAGCCCGAUGCCUGCGCCCUCUGGGUCUGGCCCGGGCCUCCUAGUACAGCCUCUUGGCAGCCCGGGCGCACCAGCCUCGCCGGGAGCGCAAAGGCGGACACCUUACGAAUGGAUGCGGCGCAGCGUGGCACCAGCGGGAGGUGGCGGUGGCAGUGUGAUCAAUCUGUUCCUUUCACCCCAUUACAACCCCAAGCAGAGCUUCAUACCACCACCACCCACCACCACCCCCAAGGACCAAACUGAGGGAGGCAGUUCUCCUUCGCCUCCUUCGCCACGCACCUACUACGUGCCAGGCACGGUGCUAGGCACUGACUGCAUGGUGAAGAUCUGGUUCCAAAAUCGGCGGGCAAAAGAGCGUAAAGUGAACAAGAAGAAGCAGCAGCAGCAGCAGCAGCAGCAGCAACUCCCACAGCCACUGCCCACUGGACCACCGCUGGGAGGCCUGUGCUCCAGUUCCGCCAGCCUCCUGGGGCCAUCGUCCCCGCUGCCUGUCAAGGAAGAGUACCUGGCGUAG